CUCCUAACACAUUUUACAGAGCCACAAGUUUUCAUUCACUGGAAGCCAUGGCACAGUUCAUCCAUUUCUUGCUGCUGCUGGGUAUGUGUCAUGUUGCAGCAACAUAUGUUUAUGAAAGGCAGGUGUGGCUGCUGGAGGGAAGCAGUGCCACUUUCCCAUUUCCUUCACUUCGGACCAUUACAUACUGUGGCAGAGGAGGCAUCAAGUGUGAAUGUGUUUCAGGCAGGUGUAAGUCCAAUAAUGCCAGCCUCCCUGGAGUCACAGUGACUGACAGCGACCUGACCAUUACCAACUUUACGCGAGAGAAUGAUCAGAUCAACCUCUGCUAUGAUACCAGAAAGACUGAAUGUGUGCAUCUUUAUGUGUCAGUAGGUUGUUCAGAGUCGCAUCAUAUUAUGUUUGCAAAAGGUGACACCAAACACAAGGUGACGACUGUUGCUGACUGCAGGAGACUCUGUACUGAAGAUCCCACCUGCCAAUACUUCACAUUUUAUAAACCCAAUACAACAUGUUUCCUGAUGACAUCAAGAGAUGACAUGCUGAUACAACUUCAUUCAUAUGCUGUCUCAGGGAACGACUGUGCUCCAGUGAACCCAACAUCAGUCCCUCCCCAACCCUCAGAUGAGGAAGAAGAAGCUCCAGUGAACCCAACAUCACUCCCUCCUGGUCCGACCACUCCCCAACCCUCAGAUGAGGAAGACGAAGAAGAAGAGGAAGAGGAAGAAGAAGAGGAAGAAGAAGGUCUCCGGUUCUACCCGGAACACAAAAGCUGGAUUGAUGCCCUGCAGCACUGCCACAAUGAGAAGUCCACCCUGGUUCAAAUCACCAACCAGACAGUGCAGGACGCAGUGAACUCUGUCCUACAAAAGAAGAGCGGCUUGGAUGGUGGAGUGUGGAUCGGCCUGGAGCGCUCCAUCUUUGGUGUAAACGUCCCCUGGCAGUGGAUUUCAGGGGAAAGAGUAAAGGAACAUCAUUGGAGCAGUAGCGCUUUUGUCGACCCCUUAAACAACCACUGUGGAAAGGUCAUCCAGGUGGAAGGGUCACAAGAAUUCAAGUGGCGGGACGAAGACUGCCAUAAAGAGCUGCCUUUCAUCUGCCAAGAUCUGAAUGGAAAGGCCUCGCCAUAAUCACUUCACUUCUCGAGACCAAGAUCCAUCAUGACGACUGCAUGGGGCUCUGGAAACUACAAGAGUCACUCCACUAUUCUUCUUGAUAUUAUGUUUGAAUCAAUAUUGGUGUUGUGGGCUACUGAUUUUUGCAUUGACUGUUCAUUGCACUUGUACUCACUUUCUAAUAUCUGACUGAUUUGCUUUCUGUGGGAAAUAUUUACUCAUAUUUUACUCAACUGAAUGUAUCAAUAAUCAGUGUAUAAUCAGAAUCAAGAAACACAUAAUCAUUGUUAAUCAUGUUUUGUUGUUACCCUAGUUAGGAGCUAAAAAUGAUGGUGUAUGCCUUCACCAUCUGUGCUCAAGUUGGUGUGUUUGCACUCAGGUGAUGUCAUGAUGUUCUGAGUUUAAGAGACAAUGGUGGCAGAGGUAGAGCGUAGUGAUCGGAGGGCUCUGCCAACAAGGCCUACAAUGGGAGGGGAAUGUGAACAGCAUGAAAGUGAAUGUAAUAUUGAAACAACUGAGUCUGCUCCAGGGUCCAGCUCAGAGUGUGUGUGUAUGUGUGUGUGUGUGUGUAAUCUUUAAAGACUCACAGUUAAUCUAUUUCACUUUGAACUCUGAUGGACUACAUUUUAUUUACUGUUGAAUUGUGGGUAAAGAUCUAAUGAAACAAGCCUGAAGAAGGAUUUUUAUUCACCAAUAUUGUAAUUUAUUUAAUGCAGGUUCGUGUUCAU